UUUCCUCUGAGCUGAGUGCUGGAUGGGACCAAACUCCUGCAGACUCUGCCCCGUACACUACAAGGAGCUGAGGCACAGGGGGAUCUGCAGGGGCCACAAGGGGCUAUUAAUAGGGGAUACAUUGGGUACUUCUCAGGAGAAAAGGGGAACUUUACAUGAGGUAGAACGGCAACCUCCCUCUGCCUGCCCCCCUCAUGGUUUUACCAAGGGAUAUUUUGUGACACUGGAGUUGUUUCUCCUGGACAUUAUGACUCUGCUGGGGAAUGAGCACUCUCUGCUGAUCAGGAGCAAGUUCAGAUCAGUUUUACAGCUGCGACUUCAGCAGAGAAGAAACCAAGAGCGUUUGGGACCCCAAUGCCUCAAGUCUUCCUUGAAGACACCGGUCGCAUUCUUGGAGCACAGGAAAAACCUGGAACGAGCCAAGACUGAAGACUGUUUAAAGCACAAAGUCAAACCGAGAGCAGAGAAGCCCGACCUACCUAACAUGCACGUUAUAGAAGAUUUUCAACUGCCUCUCUGCAAUUUACUCUUGGAUGUCUUCACGUUACCUCCAACUCAAUCUGUCCAAAACUGUGCUUCUUUUUAAUCCCCCCUCUUCGAGACAUCCAACACCUGACAUUUCUCUGAUUGUUGGAGGCUCUAUUCUCAACAGCUCACCCCAGGUCCGCUGCCUUGGGGUCACACUUGACUCAGAACUCACAUUCAACCCACAUAUACAAGCGCUUACCAAAUCCUGCCGGUCACACCUACGCAACAUUUCCAGAAUUCGUUCCUUCCUUACUCAAAAAAACUACAAAAAUACUUAUUCAUUCCCUCAUUUUGUCAUGCAUUGAUUAUUGCAAUCUACUCUUAAAUGGCCUUCCAAAACACUGCCUCUCCUCCCUCCAAUCUAUUAUGAAUGCUUCUGCUAGAAUCCACCUAAGCCGACGAUCUACAUCAGCUGCUCCGCUCUGCCAGUCUCUACACUGGCUCCCCAUACACUCCAGAAUACAAUUUAAAGUAUUAGCCCUAACUUACAAAGCACUCAACAGUCUAACUCCCAACUAUAUCUCCUCUCUCAUCGUGAAAUACUCCCCAUCCCGUCCUCUUCGAUCAACCUCUGACCUACGUCUCUCCACUCCUGUUAUCCCUACGUCCCACUUCUGUCUCCAAGACUUCACACGUGCUGCUCCUGUCCUCUGGAACUCUCUACCCCGCUCCAUAAGUCUGUCUCCAUCCUUGUAUAGCUUCAGACGCUCCAUGAAAACUCACCUAUUCAGAGAGGCUUACCAUAUCUCCGCCAUCUCUCAUCCUAACCAAACUAAUAGAUGGACUGCCUGACUCAUUGCUGCAACUACAACCAAUGUAACAAGCUACCCCAACCUUAUGUCUCUGCACCCUAAACCUAUAGACUGUGAGCUCUCCGGAGCAGGGCCAUCUUCCUCCUGUACUAGAUUUGUUUAGCUUUGUUUUGUAUUUUAUCACAAAUCCUUGUCAUUGUACCCAGCGAUAUGGAAUUUGGUGGCGCUAUACAAUAAAUGAUGAUGAUCAUAAUAAUAAUAAUAAUAAAGAGAGGAGAUAAGACACUGCAGGGGUCAGACAUAUAGAGAGGAGAUAAGACACUGCAGGGGUCAGACAUAUAGAGAGGAGAUAAGAC